AUUCAGAUGAUGCUCGAUAAAAAUGCUUUCGAGAAAGCAUUAAAUCAAGAUAAAGCUCAAGUAUCUUCUCAAGUUCCCAGUGAACCUAAGAACAACCUAAAGUUUAGUGUCCAGGAAAAUCCUGUUGUCCAGACUUCUGGUAAAACUAAAAGAGAGCAGUUGUGGGAGCAAAGGAAGAUGCAGAAAGCUAGCAAAAUUAGUCCAGCUUUUGCAGCCCCUGGGCCAGUAAUUAAAAGCACUCCUGAGACCAAGAGUACUCCUGGUUUAAAUUUUCCUGGCCAGUCAGGGUCAGCUCCUUCUAAAUUUACGAAGCCACAGGAAAUUAAACCUCAGAAUAAUCAAUCGAAUUUUCAAGUAAUAGGCAAAGUGGAAGAGACCCCAUUGACUCUGAUCGAACCAAAGGGGCAUGAUUUUGGAGCUGCUACAAAGCACAAUGCUCCAGUUAGUGUUCCAAGUGGGUUUCCUGCUAAGAAUGAAAUUGUAGCUACCAAAGAGCCUCCACAACCAAUUAAUUUUAACAAAAGACCUCCUUCAGUAGAGAAUUUCAACACAGAGUCUUUUCCGGCUGCUGAAAGCUUCUAUGGGAAAUCUGAAAAAUUUAAUAAGGAGCCUGCUCCAGUUCAAAAUCAUAAUCAGCCUCAACCCCCGCCUCCGAGUUAUGAAGAACCGAGGCCAUUGGUUCCAUCUCGAGGUGGAACACGAGAAGAGAAGAUUAAUAAAAGUGAAUAUUUGAAUGAUUGGAAAAAGGAAAUGGAAGAAAGAGAGUUAAGGAAAAAGAGAGAAAAAGAAGAAGAACGAAGAAAAGAAAGGGAAGAAAUGGAGAAAUAUAGCGAUCCUUUUGGAAAAGCAGGGGCUGGAGCUCCUAAUAAAAAUAAUAGAGGUCAAGUAAUAACAAAUAGAAGGGAAGCAGUUGAGGAAAGAAUUCAUCAUCCUCCAGCUCCAAGCUAUAAUGAUCAAAAAGUAAGCUAUAAUGCUCCACAAAUGAGUCAACCUGAACCACCACCUCAAGUUUAUCAUCCUCCUCAACAGCCUCAGCCUCAAGUCUAUCAACCACCAAAACCUAAACCAACUGUUUCUUUUCAGCCUCCAAUCCAACAAAUGAUGCCAGAGCCUAGCAUGGGCCAGAAUUUCCAGAAUCCUUAUAUGGGAGGAGGAAGCAUUAAUAAUUUUCAGGGUGGGAAUCCUUAUGAUUUCCAGCAGCCAAUGCUUCCUCAACAAAACAUGGGGUUUAAUAAUCCUAUGCCUUCGUAUCAGCAAAGACAGCCUUCUCCUCCUCAAAUGAAUAACAAUAUGGGCGGAUUUGGCAUGAAUCCAGGUAAUAAUUUUGGUAUGGGAUUUCAUAACCAACCAAUGGGUGGAGGAGGAAAUAUGCCAGAUCCGAACGGAAUGCUUCCACAGCCGCAAGGAUUUAACAAUAUUUCAAUGGAUGUUUAUCCUACCCAAGAACCAGUUAUGGCUCCUAGUAACAAGAGAACAAUUCAAACUCCUGCUGGAAGAGAUGAAGGCACAGCUCUUGAUGUAGGAGGAAAUGAAGACCUUCUUGCAAACAACAAAAAUAAACUCAAGAAUGAAUGGCAACAACAACUAAUCGACCAAAUGGAAGAAAAGAAGAGAAAAUAAAGAAGAAGAAAAGCGUAGACUGGAACUCGAAGAUUUAGAAGAAGAAAAGAAACUUCAACGUGAAAGAGAAGAGAUGGAGCGACAAUAUAAAAUGGAGCAAGAUAAAGAAAAACAGAAAUUCAAAAAUAUGCAGAAGGAAAAUGAAGCUUUGAUAGAAGCAAAGAAGAAAAAGCAAGAAGAUGUUAGAAAUAAUGCACCCAAAAUUAAUUCAAGACCUCCAAAUCCAAACAGAAGACAAGAAGUAUUCGGUAACGGUGGUCAAGAAGGACCGACCUUAGUCCCAGUGAAGCCGAUACAACCUAACUUUGAGGCUCCUCAGCAACCUCCUCAAGUGUUGGGGAAAACAAAAAUAUUUAGUGAAAUCCAAGAGCAAAUUAAGAAGAAUUUUGAUGAAGAAUUGGAUAAGCUUCGCUUAGAGAUGAACUCUAGAAAUAAACAGAUGAGAGCUCAAAUGGAAAUGCUUAAAGGCGAAACUGAUAAAGCAGUUAGAGAAAGAAAUGAAGCAAACAAAGAACUGCAAAGAAUGAAAGAACUUCUUGAUAAAAAGAAAGCUCAAGAUGGAUAUCAAAACAAAUUAGUUUCUGCUCUUAACAGAUAUGCACCAAAAGGUACAAAUGAAGAUGCUCCUGAAAGGAGAGCAGCAAGUAGAGGUGGUGUCGACAUGAACAAUUAUGAACAAAUGUUUUUCAACAAAAACAAUAACAACAUUAAUUUAGCUGGAAAAUCCCUUAGAGGGGAUUCAGCAUUAGUGCCAGUAGAUCAUAACGAUACAAUUUCAAAUUAUUUCCAUAAAGGCACUAUCAAAAAGCAGGAGCAGACUUUCAAGCAAGAUAAGAAAGGGAUUCCAAUAUAUGAGAAGAGUCCUGAGGCUGUCAAAACCCAUGCAAUAGAGGUGAAUGAGAAAAACCCAUAUACUGGGAACAUAGAGAUUCCUACAUUGGAUUCCGGAAUCAAGAAUCAGAUUUACAGGAAUAGGGUCAAAUAUCAAUUUGAACCAGAUACCGAAGAAAAAUCAACUAUAAAAGCUGAUGAUACUCUCGAUUUUAUCAAUAAAAUCAAUGGGAUUGGUGGAGACCCAAACUCUAACGAUGAAAUGAAGUUUGGAAGACAAGAUUCUUUAUCAAAGAAGGUCAACGAGAUUAGGAAAAAUAAACUCAACGAUACAGGGUUUACAGCCAACUCCAAUAAUAUGGCUCUAGAUAUUGACAACUUUCCAGCUUUGCCAGAAUAUGAAGGAAUACAAUCGAAAUUUCUAGAAAGUGCAGGGAGAGGGAAAUUAAAUGAUACUUCUUUCCAUAAUAAAGGAGAUGACUCUUUGAACAAUUCAGUCCUUAAAAAUGAUUCACCUGCUAAGUCUACCAGGAAUGGUGGAAUGGGUGUUCGUGAUUCUACUCAAUCUUUUGGUAACGGAACUGUCACUACACUGAGAACAGUGAAUACCAUUAAUCUUGAGAAGAUUAAUAACAGAAAUGAUAAUAGACUCCUUGAUUUUGAGAAUAAAUACAACUUCAGAGAUGGAGGAGAUGAUACUCUUUCAAAUUUACUAAAGAAUCAUGACAAUGAUAUGAGCUAUGAAGCUAUAAAGCUAGAUAAUGACACUGAAUUCAAAAGCAACAAUGACUAUUUGAGAUCCAUCAAGGAAGAGAAGUGGGAAGGUACCUUAAAGAAGCACCUUUAA